AUGUAGAAGUAUGAACACUCUCCAUUGUCAACACUCUAAAGUUUUGGAGAUAUAUCCCCAGUACCUGAAGAUGAUGAAACAGAAAUUAGGACAAUAUUUACAUCACCAUUAACAACAAAUAAUUCAAAGAUAGCAUGCUCAUUUUAAUUUACAAAAAGAAUAAGGAAAACAUCUUAAGUUCUAGAAUUAACUGAAAAGCUUUAUUCAUGGAAUUCUUAUUUGACUAAAAAGUUUGCUGAAAGUGAAACCAAAAAUUUUGAAUGA